AAAAGUAGAAAGAUGUGAUCCUAAAUAUCCUAGGGCUGCUUGUAAACAUUGUGGGGCUUCAUAUGCUUGUGAUUCCAAAAGAAAUGGUACCACUAAUUUAAAAAGACAUUUAGAGAAAUGUAAGAUGUAUGUAAAUCCAUUGGAAGAUAAUGUUGAAGGAGAGGGAGAUUCUGAAAGUAAUUUGAUGACUGCAUCAUUCACUCAAGAAAAUUGUAGAAAAAUGCUUGCUAGGAUGGUUAUCUUGGAUGAAUUGCCAUUUAAGUUCGUAGAAAGUGAAGGGUUUCACCAAUUUUGUCGGGCAUUAAAUCCAAAGUUUGUGAUUCCAUCAAGAGUAACCGUUGCAAAAGAUUGUUUUCAAAUGUAUAUGAAGGAGAAAAAAAAAGUUAAAAAAUGCAUUAACUCGAAGUGGCCAAAGAGUUUGUUUAACAACGGAUACGUGGACUUCUGUGCAAAAUAUUAAUUAUAUGGUUAUAACGGCUCAUUUCAUUGAUGAUGAUUGGAACUUGCACAAAAGAAUUUUGAACUUUUGUCAAGUAGCUAAUCAUAAAGGAGAUACCAUAGGUAGAGCCAUUGAAAAGUGCUUAGAAGGUUGGGGUAUUGAUAGGCUCUUUACUGUAACGGUUGAUAAUGCGAGUUCAAAUGAUGUAGCCAUUGCCUACUUGGUUAAAAAGUUUAAAGGCAGAAAUGGGUUGGUGUUGGAUGGUGAAUUUAUUCACAUUAGAUGUUGUGCUCAUAUUCUUAAUUUAAUUGUUAGUGAUGCCUUAAAAGAUUUGCAUGUGUCUAUCAUUCGAAUCAGAAAUGCUGUGAAGUAUGUUAGGUCAUCUCCUGCUAGAUUGCAAAUAUUUAAAGAUUUUGCUAAAGAAGAUAAGAUGUCAACAAAAAAUUGUCUUACAAUGGAUGUUCCGACACGAUGGAAUUCUACUUUUACUAUGUUGGAUGGAGCAAUUAAGUGUCAAAAGACUUUUGAAAGAUUGGAGGAGCAUGACCCUAGUUAUUUGCCAAAGGAUGAUAUUCCUACUACUGAAGAUUGGGAUAAUGCAAAAGUGUUUGUAAAGUUCCUAAAGACUUUUUCAGAGAGUCUUGAAGCUCAAUGAUGGAAGCACUUUGGGUUAUACGAACAAGGUGGUCUCGUGAAGAUGUUC